CGACGAAGAAAAAGAAUAGAAAGCGACAGAAGCCCAAGAAUAGUUGAAGUAAAAAAAGUGUCGCGGAAGUUAAUAAGUGAAAUUUUCUGGAAAAUUCGUUGAAGUAAUCGCUGAUUUUUCGUCAGUUGCGGAAAGGGUGUUUUCCAAAAGUGGAAUAACGUAUUCAAAACUAGAGAAAAGUGAAAUUAAGGCGAUAUACGGUUCGUAAAGGUCAGUGCAAACAAUAUUUGUGGAGGAAUCUUUCAAGCUGGCUGCCGCAACAAUGUCCACCCAGCAGAGCCCCGCCAGCCUGCAGGCGGCGGCCAACAGCGAGAAAGUGUUCCAAUGGAUCAACGAGCUGUCCAAUCCGGAAACGCGCGAAACCGCUUUGCUGGAGCUGAGCAAGAAGCGUGAAUCGGUCCCGGACCUGGCGCCGAUGCUGUGGCACAGUUUCGGAACAACCGCGGCUCUGCUGCAGGAGAUCAUCAACAUCUAUCCAUCGAUCAAUCCGGCUACUCUGACGGCACACCAAUCGAACCGGGUUUGCAACGCCUUGGCUCUGCUGCAGUGUGUUGCGUCCCAUCCGGAAACUCGAUCCGUUUUCCUGGCGGCCCACAUUCCAUUGUUCCUGUAUCCGUUCCUGCACACCACGUCCAAGACACGUCCGUUCGAGUAUCUGAGACUGACUUCGCUGGGAGUGAUCGGAGCGUUGGUGAAAACCGACGAGCAGGAAGUGAUCACGUUUCUGUUGACGACGGAGAUCAUCCCGUUGUGUCUGCGGAUAAUGGAAUCCGGGUCAGAGCUGAGCAAGACCGUGGCGACAUUCAUCCUGCAGAAAAUUUUGUUGGACGAUAGCGGCCUGUCGUAUAUUUGCCACACGUACGAUCGAUUCUCACAUGUUGCCAUUAUUCUGGGCAAGAUGGUAAUCUCUCUCUCAAAAGAACCUUCAGCUAGACUGUUAAAGCACGUUGUUCGGUGUUAUCUAAGACUGUCUGACAAUGCAAGAGCUCGAGAAGCGCUCCGUCAGUGCCUGCCGGAUCAGUUGCGUGAUGGAACAUUCGCUGCCUGCUUGCAGGAGGACAAAUCUACUAAACCAUGGCUCUCAUUGCUGCUCAAAAAUUUGGAAACCGUUACCGUACCUGGGGCCGAUCCGCGACAGGUCGGCAUCUCGCCGCUAACUUCCUAAUACUACUGGGCCACAGAAUGGCGGCAUGCAAUCAAGUCAACUUCGAUGUUGCAUCAGCAAGAUCCUGCGCGAAGCAUUGUGUUCCUGAACAUCCACCCCCAGAACCACGUGACCACCAGUCGACACAGAUGAUAAACGAUGAUGAUAUCUUACUACAGUACAUGAAUGAAUAAUUUAUUCCUCAUAUUUCUAUUACUUCUAAUUUGCUUGCAAUCUUGUUGAACCAAAAUUGUAAACACUUAAUAUAAUGCGAGGAGAAACGAAAUGGAUCAAAUUAGCAUUGGCGCAAAAAAAAUGAACUUUCCGAAUUCAUUAAUUGAAUUGAAAAUUGUUCUAGAAUGUAACAAAAAAAAACUGAUUUUCUUUAUUUGAAACUAAGCAUAAUUCUCGCAUAUUAACCUUGAAUAUCAGUAUCGACUCGAAAAAGUUUGGAUUUUUAAUGUGUUGUCGUUUAUAAAAGUCACGUAUUUCCAUUAUAUUUUUUUUCCAUAGAAAAAUUGUUUUGUAACUAAAGAGAAUGCAGGUCAGAAAUCGGUCACUUUAAGACAAAAAACAAAUUCAUCUAAAAUCACUCAUUAAAUUAGCGGCUGAUGGUGCAUCAGCAAAUUCAAUUGUGAGAUAAUGAUGACGAGAUAAUUAAUAUAAGUAGUGUAUCGUUAGAGAUCAGUGAUAUGUUCAAUAAAAUUAACAAAAGUAACAUGAAA